GAGUUACAGUAAAAUAUUUUGGAGGUUUAAAAAAUGUGUAAAUAUAGACAUCAUGUGACCCAUUGUGGGCCAAAAGCAACAAAACACAAAUAGCUGCCAUGGUUAACGUCACUGCUUCUAGUGCAAAUACCAUUAUAACUUCUCAGAGAGUAAUUGGUUCAGGUUAGACAAAAACUUUGGUAAAAACACUUUGGUAUAGUGUUGAUGUAAGAAAACGUGUUAAUCAUCGAUCCAUAUCGUAGAUGCUCAGCCUGAAAGUAGGAGGAGGAUAUUUAUCUCUUCCUGAACUUAGACUACUGUACAUAGUUUGAGUCCCUUCUGGCCUAUUUAUAGUGCCGGCCCUUGCAACAAUGUCAUCUGUAACACGACUCCAUCUGUUAAGUCAGAGCAAGUUGAAUGUCAGUCGCCAGAAGCAGAAGCGCUCGCACUCCACUCCCCGCUGACUCUCUCACAGAGAGCCCCAUGGAGUCCAUGGGAGAGCCGAGACUUUCGGAGGCCUGCAACCUCUUGGAAGUGCCCGGCCUCAGCUCCUUGGAUGUGGACAGUGACGAGGGUGAGGUGGUCGUCGGAAUCAGGCCCAAGUUGUCUCCGCUCCCGCGGAGAAGGAGCUCGGUCGAUGACGAGGACUGUGGGCCCGAGCCGGCCCACUGCGGCUCCAGGAGAGUGUCCUUUGCGGAUGCCAAAGGCCUCACUCUGGUGCAAGUGAAGGAGUUUGACGCGCGGGACGUGCCCAAGCUGCCAGGGUAUGACUCCUCUGAGGGUGAAGGUAAAGAGACGGUGGACUACUCCCUGUCGCCCCUCACUUUCUCCCUUCCACUGUCCACUGAGGAGCUGUUCGUCAAAGUGCGGGACCAGAAAUUAGAGUUGGAGACGGUCGAGCUACUUCCCGGGACCACAAUACUGAAGGGUGUGAUCCGCGUCCUCAACGUCUCCUUCAAUAAGGCAGUAUACGUCCGAACCAGCUUGGACACCUGGUGCAGCCACUUUGACCUCCUGGCAGAGUACAUCCCCGGCUCCAGUGACGGCCUGAUGGACGCUUUCUCGUUCAAGCUCACCUUAGUGCCCCCGUUCGGGGAGCGGGGAGCCAGGGUGGACUUUUGUCUGCGGUACGAGACUCCCGCUGGGACGUUCUGGGCCAACAAUGACGACAGGAACUACGUGCUGUUCUGUCACCAGAUAGCGAAGGACAAACCACAGACGGAAAACGUGAACAGGAAAAGCUGCCUCAAGACUGUCAGUCAGACCUUCUCGUCUGUGGAAAACACUUCAGCCGUGGAAGCUUCAUCUCAGGAGAAUAUUCAAGCAGUUGUGUCAAAAAAUGGAGAGGAAGUGAAAACUACGAAGGCCAUGCAGAUCUCUGAUGGUCAGACAGGAACAUCACAGAAAUGUGGACAGAAAUCACAGGCCGAGAACAGGCGAUACAGCACCCGAAGAAGUGGCAGAAAGGCUGCGCGGAUGGCUCGGGUGAGGGACGUCUUUGCCCAGAGAGGGAGCGACACUGGGAGGAGUGGAUCGCCUCCGGAGGCAAAACAGGCAGCACCGGAAGAAAUGGAAAAGCACUCAGGCGAGCCACCGUUGUCCAAGGGCCGCAGCGAAUCAGAACGCUCUCAGGUUGUUUCGGAGUCUCUGGUAGGAUGCAGCAAAUCCCUCCACGAUGUUCUGCACGAUGCGUCACCGGCAAAUGACAUCGCAUCCAACGGCGAGCCAGACAAAUGUGCGGGCAAAGAUUUGGCUGACUCGGCCACAGUGCCAGGUGGCGAGAGUGCCACGGAUACCCCAGACAAAGAAUGCAAAACUACUGACAAGUCUGUGUGUGGAGCUGAGGGGGGAAGUCAGAAGCAACGCAAAAGUUGUAAAUCCACCAGCAACACUGCAGCCGGACCAGAUGACAGUCUUAUUUCAGGGGCGAUUAGCGAAAGCCUUGUUGGCCAGCGGGACGGCUUCACAUUUGGAACCGUGGUGGCUCCGCUGUAUCGUCAGAUGUUUGGCAGAGAAGGAAGUGAAAGCCAAAGUGCUGGCGACUGGGCAAAUCCUACACUGAACAGCGGGGACUUGACUCACACUGAGGGAAGGGAGAGUGGAUGCAGCGUUCCGACAGAUGUUAGAGGUGCUGAUGACGACGUUCGGGGGAAUGUGAUUAGCACUCCGGAAUCAGACCACGAAUGCUCAGACGCCACUCCGAAUAGUCCUCCCGCUGAGGGGGGACGGACGAGUGCGAGCGCGACAGCGGGCGACGUCCUGGUCUGUGCAGAAACUCUGCAGGAUCAGGUUGAGACCAUACAUUUAGACCAGAGAUGCUCAGCUACAUCUGAAGUUCCAAAAACUCUAUUUGGAGAUACAGAUCUACGUCCACGCGCCGAAAACAUUUCACAUCCAGACUCGCUGAGCGCACAGACACCCGCUCAGAGUUCACACCAGCGGGGAGAAGCACAGGAAGACGAUCUGGCAUGUGACCUCCACAAUGGGUCCACAGCAGAAUCAGCACAGCGGGCUCAGCUUCCAGAGCGUGUGUGUUCACAGAUUAAAACUGACACGGAUGACACAGCUCCACAAACUGGAGCUCAAGAAGUCACGGCCAGCGGAGGAACUUCAUCUCUGCCAGCCCAGCCCUCUCGGAGUGUCUGUGACGAGACAGGCCAACAAACCGGGGCUGGUGAAGAAAACGAUGAGUGUGUGAAUGGGUCGAGCGAAGAAGACGGCGAAAAUAUUACAGUAUUAACAACCAGGCCACCUCCAGGGGUGGAUACGCUUUUAGAACCUUUAAAUCUUAACCAAAUCCAUCAACCAGCUCCAAAAGAAACUGUGAAUAUCUUCAUUUCUAGAGGUCAAAUUGCAGAUGGAAGGACGGGUAAUGUGGAAGAACGAAAUAUGUUGACUAACAGCUCGCAUGAUGAUGAGACAAAACAUUCAGCAGAAACUGAAGUUAGUGACGAGGAUGACGAGUGGAUGACAAAAGCGAUGGGACGUGAAAAUCUGCUAGGAGAUGAUGACUUGUCCGCGGAGGUGAAAGAUGCAGACACUUUAAAAGAUGGACCGAUGUCAGUGGUCUUCCAACAGGAGCGCUUGAUCUCAGACACUGCUGAGGCGAAAGACUGGGAAAUGAUGGUGGAAGAGGAGGAGAGGAAAAUAUUAAAGGAUCAGGAUGAAAGCGAGGCCAUACGUUUAAAAGAAGACACCGAAACAGAGCAAGGAGGACAGUCGGAGGAAGCAGGGACAGAGACAGCGUUGGAAAACAGAAACCCAACGGAGAGGGGGAAAGCAAAAACACAAGGAGAACUAUUUGAGGAGCUCACAGCUGCAGGAGAGAACGGGACAGAGGCCGGAGAUACUGUCGACAGAGUCGGAGAGGAGGAAAUUUGGGAGGUGGUGGUUGGAAUAUAUCGGGAGAAAGAAUUAGAAUAUGUGAAAACUGAAGAGGAAGAAGAAGAUAAGGAGAUUGAAGAGAAGAGAGAGGAAAAAAAGGUCAAUGUUGGCAGGACCAAUGUCCAAGAAGAGGAGGAGAUAGGAGGGGAGGAAGAAAUGGAUAUCUAUUUGGACAAUGGAGAUGUAGUGAUGUUGGGAGAUCAAGAAAUGCCAAGGGAGGAAAACCUAGAAGAGGAGAAUCCAGAUUACAAGGAGGAGAUUGUAGUUGAUGAAGCAGAAGACUCAGAGGGCAUGACAAUAGAGGACGGGGAAGAUGAAGUGCCGUGUUUUGAAGAGAGGAUAGAUAUUACACAAAACAAGGUCGAGGAUGGUUUAUCUGCUCCGAUGAACAGUGUGAAGGACAAGAGAGGAAAUGAACAGCGGGGAAAUGCACACACUCCAACUGAAAUUGAUCUUUGCGAAGUGGAGAAUCUCGCACCUGACCGAUCACAGGCCGAGACUGUUGUUUCCUCCGCUGCACAGGGAGAUUCGUGCAUUUCAACAGGUGAACCCGAAAGUGACCCAACGGGUCACGACUGCGCGUCGGCAGAGUCCGACUCAGACGACGAGGUGGAGUUGUACAUGCACUGUCUGAGGGCCGUCCAGGCUGGGGAGCGGGCCACCAAAGGCAGAAACAAGGACGCGGGUUUUAGUGCGGGCAAGAGGCCCUCGGCAAGCAGGGGCAAACUGCUGCCCCCACCCAUGCCUUCCAUCAGCGAGUCUCUGGAUGAAGAACCACACCUCAGCUGCCCUCAGGACAAUCAUGAGGAAGUGAACAUAGCAGACGUCCAACCCGCGGCUGCGGCUCCGUCACUGUCAAGUGGAGAGGAGAGCGUCCGCAGACAUGUUCCCCGGUUUUCCUGCAGCAAUAUCGCAAAAACUUUGUUGUACACCACCUUGGUUGCGGUAUUUUUAAUCGUGGCUUACCAUUAUGAUUUCCUUGCCUGUUUUGGCCUCUACUUGAUAUCGGUGGGUUGGCUCUGCUGUCAAGGGAGAGAGACAACCAGGGAAGAACAACAACAGAGUAAAGUGAAAUAAAUUGUAAUAGAAAAAUGGAAAAAAGUAUGUUAAUUAGUGAAAAUGUUGACUUGAUACACACAAAUGUUCUCCAUCACACCACUUGAUAUUCCCCUGCUUAUUAAUGGUCUGUAGAGAAGAAUAGAGGGACAAUAAAUCAUACAACAGUGAAUAAGGGCAUUGAUUUUAAGAUAUAUCAAAAUGUGUGUUCCCUAUGGGAGGACGUAAAACUCUCUGAUGUCAAGAGUACGAACCAAUUUUUCUUUAUGCUUGACUGUACGUAAACCUUUUGUGUCGACUCAGCCAACAGGCUGCGGACCACUGCUCACGCUGACCUCUUCUGCAGGGCGAAACUCAGCAAUGUGCUCUGUGCGUGUGCGUUUGUGUGCGUGCGUGCGUGCAUGUGUGUGUGUGUGUCUGUGUGUGUAUGUGUGUGUGUUUAACGACUCCUGAGCAUCCUAGUAUUUGUGCAGAUUACACUUAGUUUUCACAAGUCUGGAAUGAAUAAAUGUUACCGUGGACAAACAA